CCACGAGGACAAAGAUGUUUUUCGUUAGUCUGCUCGUGUUUUCUACAUCCUUCUUGCACGCUGCAUCUGGUGUUGAGACGGAUGGAGUGCCAGUGUCAGUGAAGGAGAGAGAUUCAGUCACUCUACACACUGAUGUUCAAACAAACCAACAAGAAAAGAUUAAAUGGUAUUUCAAUGACACUCGCAUCGCUCAAAUCAGUGGAGAUCUCAGUUACAUCUGUACAGAUGUUCAGUGUAAUAAUGGCACUGAGAGAUUCAGAGACAGACUGAAGCUGGAUCAUCAGACUGGAUCUCUGACCAUCACAAACAUCACAAACACAGACUCUGGAGUUUAUGAACUACAGAUCAUCAAGGGUAGCAAUAGUGCCAUGAUCUUCUAUGUUACUGUUCGUGCUGAACACGAUAAGAGGCAGAGAAAGUCAGUGAAGGAGGGAGAAUCUGUCACUUUAGAUCCUGGAGAAAUAAGAAAAUCUAAUAAUUCAGUGAAGUGGUCUCUUAAUGACAUUCUCAUUGCUGAAAUCAUUGGAGAUCAGAGUAAGAUCUGUAGAGAUGAUCAGUGUGAUGAGAGAUUCAGAGACAGACUGAAGCUGGAUCAUCAGACUGGAUCUCUGACCAUCACAGACACCAGAACCACAGACUCUGGACUUUAUAAACUACAGAUCCACAGCAGCAGAUUCAGCAUCACGAGGAGCUUCAGAGUUACUGUCACUGGCUCGUCUGACACAGGGAUACGUGUCAUUAUUCUUCGUGGCUAUAGAGGCUCACUGCAGGAUCUUUAGAAAAGGCAAGUAUUACAUACAGAUACUAUAUUGUCUUAUAUGCAAAAUUAGAUUUUAUUGUGUGUGUGUGGU